AUGGUUCGGCACUUUCCCGCGCAACUUAGUGAUUUAGUCCCUUCGGUAUCUGAUGUCCUCGGUAGGGAUUUCGAUGUGGGACUCUGGACAUCAGUUGUGGGACUGCCACGCGUCCGAGGGGGCGAGGUUGCCCUAAUGUUUCGAUCGGUAGGUCUUAUACCGAAGGAGGGUGCCGAAGGCAAACCAUGGCCCUGGUUUAGCCCACGUGUUCGACAUUCAUUGGCUGUUCAUUUUGGUACAAACAGGAGUCCCCCAAGUCCCCUUGCGAGAGUCUUCGGAAGGGGAUUUGAAGUUGUCUUCGGAAGGAACUAUGGCCCUACCAGGCUGACGUUGGCGAAGUCAGAAGGUGGCGUCGAGCUGACGGGUGAAGGGACGUCUGAGCACUUCGACUUCCGCGCCUCGCGUGCCGUUUGUUCCCCACAAGAUGAGCGACACGUGGCGAAAGUAAUGAUGGCGCGCGGCGCAUCAAUGCGCCGUUUGGUUUUUCGAGGAGCACCGUUGCCAACCACCCCCCUAUAA